GGUUAUUCUGCACUCAAAGAAGAACCUGAGAGGAACCUGGACACAGGGAGCAUGGGUGUCUGGACCUCAGGCAUUGGCAUCUGCCUAAGUCUUUGGGGGUCAUAUGUGUCUCCAAGAAGCUCUGCAUGGAUGGACUUUAUCCAACAUUUGGGAGUUUGCUGUUUUGUUGCUUUCAUUUCAGCGGGCCUCCUCUCUCUGGCCUUUUCCUGGUUUCGAUCCUCAUUCAUAGUCUUCGGCACCUCCUGGGUGAUCACUUGUGCUUUGCUCUGCUGCUCCAAGCAUGCACGAUGUUUUAUUUUUCUCCUCUUCCUCUCUUGUGGUCUGCGGGAAGGCAGGAAUGCUUUGAUUGCAGCUGGCACAGGGAUAGUAAUCUUUGGACACGUGGAAAAUAUUUUUCACAACUUCAAAGGUCUCUUGGACAGUAUGACUUGCAACCUAAGGGCAAAGAGCUUUUCCAUACAUUUUCCACUUUUGAAAAAAUAUAUUGAAGCAAUUCAGUGGAUUUAUGGGCUUGCCACUCACCCAAGUCUAUUUGAUGACCUUAUUUCUUGGAACCAGACGCUGGCGGUCUCUCUUUUCAGUCCCAGUCAAGGCCUGGAGGCCCAGCUAAACGACACAAAAGGCAAAGUCCUGGGUGUCUUGUAUCAGAUGGUGACGGCAUCAGAAGUAUUGUCCUCCCUGGGACGGCAGGUACUUGCCCUAGCAGGGCUUUUGCUGGUGCUCCUUGGCACUGGCCUCUUCAUGAAGCGAUUUUUGGACCCUGGUGGUUGGAAGUUUGAGAACAUCUUCAUCACCAAACAAUUUGUUCGCUUCGAUGAAACGGAGAGGCAGCUGCAGAGGCCCUGUGUCCUUCCGCUGAAUAAGAGGGAAAGGAAGAAAUACGUGGUCGUCCCGUCUUUCUGGUUGUCUCCUAAAGAAAGGAAAAACCUGGGGCUGUUUUUCCUCCCCAUACUCACCCACCUCUAUGUCUGGGUGCUGUUUGCAGCCAUAGAUUAUCUGCUAUAUCGGCUCAUUUUCUCCGUGAGCAAACAUUUCCAAAGCUUGCCAGGGCUCGAGGUCCACCUGAAACUAUACAGAGAGGAGCAAGGAACUCAAGACAUCAUCCGUGAUUCUCCUUUUAACAUAUCUCUGUUCGAACCAACCUGCAUCCCUGCACCAAAGCUCCUUCUGUCGAAGACCUGGAUUCCUCUCAGCAUUAUUCUUGGGACACUAGUGGUGCUGGGCCUGCUGUCCUCCAUCCUGACGCAACUUAAAAUCCUGGUGUCGGCCUCCUUCUACCCCAGCGUGCAGGAGAGGCGCAUCCGAUACCUGCAUGGGAAGCUACUGAAGAAAAGAUCAAAGCAGGCGGUGGAAGGAGGGAACAGUAAACAGCGUCUCUAUUUUACAAAGAUUCACUUCUGGCUUCCUGUACUGAAAAUGACUAGGAAGAAGCAGGUGGGCAAUGCAGAUGAAGACGAUCCAUGAGAGAUUCCAAGGAGCUCCUCAGCCACACCACUGCGGCAGGUCUCCUCGGGUCCUCCAAGGCAGGUCCCUAUUCCUGCCCACAGCAGAGAACUGUGUUCUGUGGUCCUUCAGGGGUUUGUUCGCAGGCCAAACCACUUUUCUUCAUAAGGCCAAAGGGCUAUCAGGUAAAUGGCUUUGUCAUCUGUCUUCCAAACAAGGCACAUGAUCUGGACUGCAUCACAGUGUAGCAGGAAAUUAUAACCAGACCCCUGGAGGAUGAGUCUCAGCACAGAGUAAUAUUCAAAGGAAAAAAAAAAAAAAAAACAGAGCAAAAAUUGGAAAAAAUAAAAAUCUCUACUGUAGGCUUACAGGCAAAUGCCAAGGAGAAUAUACACGUAUAAUGCCAGGAAAAUAUCCUUAAACUCUUCUGUCCCUUCUCUGCCCUUUUAAAUAUCUUUCAUAGCUAUUCUCUACCCCCAGAACUGUUUCUCCCUUCCCUGUGUCCUUAUUCAAACACGAAAGACAUUUCUGGAAAUCUGUAUCUAGCAGCUCCUAAUUUCUCUUCACCACUACCUCAGCUCCUACCCUCUUCUUUCCCGGACCACUUUUGUUUUUAUUUCUUCUACUAAAUCCUCUACCUGGUAUUUAUGACAAGGCUGCCUAGGGAUCACAUGUAUCCAAACCACAGGAAAUGCUUGUUAAAGUGACCAUCCUGGGCCGCUUUCUACCAUGCUCAGUGUAGACUACAUAGUCUAGGGGCCUAUUUCCCUUAAACUCCAAAUACCCAGGAGGGAGAAAAACCUCUUCAAAUAUUGAUUCCAUUAUCUUGAAAGCCCCUGAAUGAAACAGAAAUAGAAUCGUUAAGUUUUUCUAAUAUUUUAACUUUGCAUUUUGAAAACUUUUUAGACUUACAAAAAAGUUGCAGAAUAGUACAAAGUUCCAUUUACCCUUCAUCCAUCAACCCUAAGAACCAGCUAAACAACCUUGAAAAAUGCAUAAUGUACAGAGCUUAUUGAAUUCAUGCCAGUUGUUCUACUAAUACUCUUUUUCUGGUCCUUGAGUCAAUCCAGGCUCCCACAAUGCAUUUAGUUUCUCCCCCUCCUUCAGUUGAGGACUAUUCUUCAGUCUCUCUUUUUCUUUAAUGUUGACACUUUUGAAAAGUAUGGUCAGUAAUUUUGUAAAAUGUUCUUCGAUUUGAGUUUGCCUGAUGUUUCCUUGUAUAGUUCCUCCAGAUGAUGUAUUUUUGGCAAGAAUACUACAGACGGCAUGAUAUAAUCUUCUCAGUGUUCCCUUAUACCAGGGGUCAUGUGGUGUGGAUGUCUCAUUACUGAUGAGAUUACCUUUCAUCAUUUAGUUAAGAUGGGGUCUGCCAGAGUUUUCCAUGGUAAAGUUACUGCUUUUCCCUUUGUAAUUACUGAGUACAUUGUGGGGAAAUAUUUAGGUGAUGCAAAUAUCCUGUUUUUCAUAUAUUGUUAGUAUCUGUCAACGCAGAACUAGGGUGUGGCCAAAUAGUUAUUUCCUUUUUUUUUUAAUUUCAUUUAUUUAUUCAUGAGAGAGGCAGAGACAUAGGCAGAGGGAGAAGCAGGCUCCCUGUGAGAAGCCCGGUACAGGACUCGAUCCCAGGACCCCAGGAUCAUGGCCUGAGCCAAAAGGCAGAUGCUCAACCAUUGAGCGACCCAGGUGCCCCCAAAUAGUGAUUUUCUACUUCCAUAAUAUCAUCUGCAUUUCUUCAUUAGAAUUUUACACUGUCUCCAGAAAGAAACAUUGCCCCAAAGACCAAACUUUGUUUCAGGCACGAGAGGAGGCAUUUUACAUAUAUGAUCUCCUUUAGGUUUCACAACAAUUCUGUGAGGUAGGCAUUAUUUCCUCUUAAAGAUUGGAGGGCUCACCCUCAGAGACUCUGACUCAGCUGGCUGGGGCUGAGGCCUUCGCACUGGCUUGUUGAAAGCUCCCAGGUGAUUUUAAUGAGCAGCCAGGAUUGAGAACCACAAGUCUAGGAAGUUUUACAGAUUUGCAGGUCUUUCAGUUCAGGUAUUUAACUGUGAAAUUUCUCUAACAGAGGAACCUCCAUUAAAAAUGUGUCUGAAAAAAAAAUGCGUCUGAUUCAGCAUUUCCCAAAGUGUGUUCCUCAGACCAUACCAGUCUCUCAAUUGUUCCAUAAAAAGAGUUACAUGAGUUAGUAAAUCCAUACCAUCUACCUUCUAACUUUGAAGAUUCAUACAGCAUGUUGGCACAAUUCAAAAACUUGCAAAACCCUAUAAUAAAGAAAGCUCUUUAAAUCUUAUUUCACCUCAAAUCAUUAAACCAUGGAAUGAUUUUAUCUGCAAUAAUUAUUAGCAUCAUCUAGGGCCAGUUCUGCAGUCCAUACUCCGGCAAAUGCUGAUGUAAUUGGCAUGACUCCAACCAAAAAAGGAUUUGAGAAGAUGAAGAUGCAUUUGUAGUUUUGGUUGAUUUAAUUCAAAUCAUUCUAAUGAUUUCAUACUUUGUUGUGUUUUCUAAAUAAACACAUGUAUAUAUAUUAAUAAAUGGAUACAAUGCGUGAAUGUUUGUAUUCAUUUUGCAUUUAUCCCUCCUACAGAGAAGGGAUCUGGUGCAUAUUAACAGAGGCAAAGAAUGAACUGCCAAAUUUUUAGAAGGAAUUGGAUCCUUUUGUGCUUCUAAAUUCUGUUAAUUAACUAACCUACUUAUCUACCUAACAGCAUCAAACCAACAACUAGAAUGAACUCUUAGGCCACGUAGAAGGUACUGGUGAUGUCCAGACAGUUCACCUUGGUCUCUGCCUUUGGGAUGCUUUCAGUCUAGUUGGGAAGACAGACAUGUGCUUAGAUAAUAAAUAACAAUAUACAUUAGGGGGGAUCCCUGGGUGGCGCAGCAGUUUGGCGCCUGCCUUUGGCCCGGGGCGCGAUC